AGGAACCUGCUGGAGAAGAAGCAGAGACGCAGACGGCAGGAGACGCUGAUGGUUCAGGCCAACCCUGAUGCCAGGGUGAAGCCUCGCCGACUCCGCAAGUCUGAGGAGCCCUCCCCCCUGAGCACAUCCUGUCCCCUUUACCCCAACAGCUACCCAGACCUGUCGAGCAGUCUCCCUGUGGAGGAGAUCCCAAGCGCUGAACUGUACCUCAAGUCACUGGAAGAUGCCACCAAGUUGCAGGAGGGAACUGAGAGCGGAGUCUCGCUUGACAACAACAGGAAAAAGGGCCUGAAAACCGAACCAGAGACUUUGGAGAUCAGCGUAGGAGAGGUGGAGGAGGGAGCGAGAGAGAGGGAGAUAGUGUCAAGCGAGAAAAGCCAACCACGCAGAGAAGUAGAAGUGGAGGUGGAAGAACUGGAGAAUGUGACAGUGGAACCUUACAGCCCGGUGAAAAGGAGAGAGAGAGGAGAAACCAGGAGAGAGAGGAAACAGCGGCAGAAGGAAGGGCUGAUGGACACCAGUGUGACAGAAGCCCAGGACGAGGGGAUAGACACGGAACUCUGCGCUUCCCCCAAACCCAGAGGCGAGAGAGAGAAGAGGAGAAAGAAGAAGGAAGUGCUGUCAGAGCUGGAACCCUUUACAUCGGAACCUGAACCAGUGAUCCCGGGUCCGAGAUCCAACAGAACUUCCCGACUUGCCAAGAGAGAGGAGAAACACAAACACAACCGCAAAGGGAGAGAGAGCUCCGCGGAGGGGCAGGACGAGGGGGGGGAUGCGGAGAAGAAACCAGAGGAGCCGGGAGACGAGGGAUGGAGCGACGAGGAAGAGGAGGAGGAAGAGGAGGAGGAGGAGGAGGAAGAAGAUGCCAAACCCCCCCCUGACUCGCGACCCCCGGCGGCCAAGAAAAAGAGCAAGACUAAGACCAAGUUAAAGAGUUCAAAGGGGAAGAAGGUCCCUAAAGAGGAGGAGGAGGAGGAGGUGGUGGUGAAUGAUGAGGACGAUAAUACUCAGGAUAAAAAGGAGGUGAAGAGUUCCAGCCCCACACAGCCCUGCCCCACUGACACGGCCCCCAGCAAGACAGCCUGUAAGGCCACCCCUACAGGGGACAGCCCAGCAAUACAGGUGGGAAACCUGGAGGACUUUGCCUUUGCUCCCGCCCCACGAGCCACAGUCAUCAAGUGUCGCAUCACCCGAGACAAGAAGGGAAUGGACAAGGGGAUCUACCCCACUUACUACCUUCAUCUGGAGAGGGACGACGGCAAAAAGAUCUUCCUGAUGGCCGGUCGAAAACGCAAGAAGAGCAAAACAUCCAAUUACCUGAUCUCCACCGACCCCACCAACCUGUCCCGAGAUGGAGACAGUUUCAUCGGCAAACUCAGGUCCAACGUGCUGGGCACCAAGUUCACGGUGUUUGACAACGGAAUGAAUCCCGACAAGACUCCCAUGGUGCCCGAGUGCAUCAAUAUCAGGCAGGAGAUGGUCGCUAUCUGCUAUGAAACCAAUGUCCUCGGCUUCAAAGGACCUCGGAAAAUGACGGUCAUCAUCCCGGGAAUGACACUGGAAGACGAGAGGAUCAGCAUCAGACCCAAAAACGAGCACGAGAGUUUGCUGACCCGAUGGCAGAAUAAGAACAUGGAGAACAUUUUGGCUUUACACAACAAAGCUCCCACGUGGAACGAGGAGACGCAGUCUUACGUCCUCAAUUUUCACGGGCGAGUCACUCAGGCCUCGGUCAAAAACUUCCAGAUCAUCAACUUAGACGAUCCUGAUUACGUGCUGCUACAGUUUGGGCGCGUGGCGGAGGACGUGUUCACGAUGGACUAUAACUACCCCAUCUGUGCUCUUCAGGCCUUCACCAUCGCUCUCUCCAGCUUCGACAGCAAGUUGGCCUGUGAGUAGCUGAACUCCACUCUCUCUCUCUCUCUCUCUCUCUCUCACACUCUCUCUCUCUCUCGCUGGCUUACUCCCGCUCACUCGCUCGCUACGGCAAAGCAAUGCCCAGCGAGACGGAGACAGAGAGAGUGCGACAGAGAGCGGAGACAGAGAGAGAGAGACAGAGAGAGAGAGAGAACGCACGUUACAUCAAGACUUUCACACUCGCCUCUGGCGGCAACACACAGAACAUCAGUGAUAUAUAACCACAGUAACUAUAGUAACCGGAUCUGAGACCCCUCACCUCUCCCUCAAGAGUUUACUCUCCUCCUUUCCCCCCCAC